GCGGCACGCGGCGCCCGGGGCAGCGCGGAGCUGGGCCGCGCCAUGGCGGCGGAGGGCCGCGGGCGACGGGAGCUGCUGGCCCUCAUCCACCAGCACCUCCUGCGCACCGGCUACGCGCGGGCGGCCCGCGAACUGCAGGCGCAGCUCGGACAGAAGUUGCUCCCGUCCCUGGCAACGUCGCUGGAGGAGAUCUUCACGCACUGGGAGAAAACUCCUUCAAAAGCCAGGAGAAGAAAGCUGAGCGAUGAGGAGGCGGCCAUCCCAGAAAAGAUCAGAGUUCCUGAUCCUGUGAGCAGCUCUGAAAGCUCAGAGAAAGAAGAGGAUGAGAAAGAGAAGACGAAAACUGGAAAUGUAACCAGCAUUUCCCCAGUCAAAAACUCAGCAGUGAAUGUAGAAAGCAGUGAAGAUGAUGACUCCUCAUCAGAAGAGGAAACGCCAAGUGGAAAAGGUGCAAUUACGGUGACACCAGCUGCGGUGAGUGGCAAAGCUGCCAACUCCUUGCAUUCUCCUGUUAAACCCACUGCUCCAGGCAGUAAAGUAGCAGCGUCCUCUGCUGCAAACAGAACUGUGCUCUCAAAUAAGCAGCAGCCCAGUGCAUCAGUUGCGACCCCAGCCAAGGCUGGGCAGAAACUGCCUGGUCCUGGGAAACCUGGACGAGCUGUAGCAGCCGUGAGCCAAGCAGUACAAAGCAAAGCUCCAGUAACGACCAAAGCACCGGAAAGCUGCAGCAGCAGCUCAUCAGAGAGUGAGGAGGAAAAGGAGACACCAACUGUGAAGGCCUCAGCCCCCAAAGUGGAGCUGAAGCAGGCAGCUGGGGAAGCUGAGAGCAGCAGUGAGGAAUCAAGUGAUGAGACAUCAUCUGAGGAGGAGCUUGCGACCACAGCAGUCCAGGCACAACCAGCUGUUAAAGCAGUGCAGGUUAAUUCAACACCUGUGAAGAGUGCACCUGCUACUUCAGUGUCCACCAAGAAGGGCAGCACAGUGAAGCAAAAAGCAGUGACACCAAACCAGACUGAGCAUGGCUCCGAAACGGCUCCAGUGGCUGCAAAGCCUGAUGACACCUCAGAGAGCAGCGACUCAUCAGACAGUGGAAAUGAGGAGCCUCCAUCAGUAACCCAGUCAAAGCCAUCUUUAAAAACCUCCCAAGCCAUCCUAUCCCCAGUGAAAACCACACCAGCAGCAUCACUCUCCAGCAAAGCGGCUCCAGCAAAAACACUUCCACUGUCCCAAGGGAAGCAAGCACCAAAAACAGCAGUGCUAAAGCAAGCUAAAGCCACGCCAGGAAGGACUGCUGCUCCUGCAAAGCCAGCUGAAAGUACAAACCCGGCAGAGAGCACUGACUCUUCAGGCAGUGAAGAGGAGGAUCUGCCUGUGCCUGUCAGCCAGAAGAGGUUACCAGAACAGCCUGGGUCCGUUCCCAGCCAGAGCCAGGCUGCUAAAGCCACGACUCCUCAAAAGGCAGUGGGAAGCACCUUGAAGAAUGAGAGCUCUGAAAGUGGAAGCAGCGACUCGUCUGACAGUGAGGAGGAGACUGCAGUGUCACAGAUACAGCCUGCACACACUGCUGUGAAAAGCAAUGCUACGCCCCAGCCAACAAGUGUGAAGAAAGCACUGGCACCCACACCAGCCCCAGCCCCAGUUCUGCGUAUGGCCAGCAGUGAUGACUCCAGCGAGGAGUCGGAUUCUGAUGAGGAAAUAGUCCCUCCCACACAGGCUGUUCCUCCUCCUUGCUUAAAGCAGACAACUCCCACGGGGAAAGCUCCUCCAGCCAGCCCUGCUGCCCCGCAGGCUGCUUCCAUCCUGAGAAGCCCCACUGCCAAGUUGAAGAAGCCAGGCCUGCAGCCAGCACAGGAUGCCAGGCUGAGCCAGACUGCACUGCUCACCCAAGCAGAGGAGAGCUUGGACAGCAGCAGUUCCUCUGACAGUGAUGAGGAGACACCCAAGCAGCCUCCCAAACCUGGGCUGCUGCAGAAACCAGGAGGGACUGAGCCAGAUGACAGCUCCUCAUCAGAUUCCAGUGAGGAUGAAGAGGCAGUAUCACAGUCCCUCCUCACAGGUUAUGUGAGCCUCUCCAAGAGCCCAGCAGCACCUCAGACACCAAAGACGGUUCCCCCCCAGCCCGUAGGCAAUGCAGGGCAAGGGAAAGCAGCUGUGAAUGCCAACAGCUCCCUCGCCAAAGUCUCCACGAAAGCAGCCCCAGCUGACAGCUCCAGCAGUGACAGCAGUGACUCUGACACGGACGUCGAGCAGGUGUCUGCAAACCACAAAGCAGAAAGCAAACCUCCUCUGGGCCAGGAAGCCACAGGAGCAUCCAACAAAGAGAAGGGGGCAGGAAAAACUGAUGCAAGUCAUGCCAACCCCAAGCAUUCCCCAUUCAAGAAAGCCCUGGCUGCGAAAGAGAAUGAUGUUGAGGCAAAAGAGACGCAAGCAAACCCAUUGCCAUCUGCACUGCUUUCAACCCCACAGCCAGAGGAGUCAAGUUUGGGGAGUAAAAGUGAGGUCACCACUGCUGCUGGAGUUCCUGCAGUGCAAACAGCAGAAGGGUUGGAAAAGAAGAAGAAAAAAAAAGAGAAAAAAGAGAAGAAGGAAAAGAAGAAAACUUCCUCCACAGCAGACAAGGCUGUGAAAACAUCUAAAGGCAAAGACAAAGAGAACAAAAAGCAGAAAGCAUCUCAGAAACGGAAACGGCCAGGAGAGGACGGGGCUGUAGGACAGCCCAAGGAAAAGAAGCGGAAAGGACAAGCUAACGAAGAAGUGCCCAAAAAGAAGAAAAAGAAAGCAGCUGAUGACCCAGAGAAGCCGCCAGACAGCAAGGAAAAGAAAAAAUCAAGUAAAAAGAAAAAGACAGGAAAAGAAAAGAAGAACAAAAAGAUGCCCACAGAAGGGGAGUCGGCAGCAGAUAGCUUUGCUGAAGUUCACAAGAAGAAGAAGAAGAAGAAGAAAACAGCUGAGCCGGAAGGAUUGUUGUGAGAAGGUACAUGGCCCGUGGGAACUAUCAGUCGGUACCUCUGAGCGGCGGUAACCUUGGCCAAAUUCAGUGCUCCUGAGCCAGUCUUGGGAAGACCUUGUGUCCUCUAACCACCCACUGUGUGAGGCAGCCUGGCCCUGUAUUAGAGAGCCAGGGAGUGGAACAGAAUAAGGGAAGUCAUACAGAAGCGUGCUGGCUUCUCUGGAUGUUUGACCUCAACUCUUUAGCUGCUGAAAUCCGGAUGCCCAGCCUAGAUGUUGCUGUCCUCUGUCACCAGCAGAGAUAAGUGGCCUCUGGCAGCGUCUGUCUGUCCUGGCUGACCACAGGGAGCUUGGAAAAGUCAUGUGGAUGAGCUGGUGAAGUUCUGGCCAUCUGGAAGUGGACCAGAUGAAUCUGCCUCCACUCUGCUCAGCUGUACGGCUGUUCUCUUCACUAUCCCUAAUUCUCUUAACUCCUUUCCCCAAAGGUACCGCAUCCCUGUGAUUAAGGAUUUAUGGGUGAAGAUCAAACAGAAGAGUGGAAAAGGAAGCUCAUCAGCAGAAUUCCCACUUCUUUUUCUUUUAUAAAUAAUAAUUUAUAUCUUCUUUUAACUGUGACUUUUAGAGCAGAGUGACGUAACUUUCUGCCUCCUGUCCUGCUGGGGCCCAGAGCUGUGUUUAUUGCCCUCCCUGACAGCUCACGUGCUGCACUAAGAACCGAACCGAGGGAGGUGGUUUGACCAGAGAAGAGCCUGCAGAAACUGCUUUCCUCCUAGCUGACGCCCAGCCACCUUUUUUCUCUUCACAGAGUUAUAUUUUUAAGAGAAACUUCUACUCUCUUUUUUCCUUCUGUGAUUUGUGGUGUCAGACCUUUUACUACCUAUGGAAGGGAGCUCUUUGGGUUUAGUUUUUGUUCUAACAAACACUGACGGCAAUAGUUAUUGUGUCCCUGGAGUUGCACUGAACAGCUGCGUCCACAGCUGUUCUCAGCCAAGGCUGCAUUUUUUUGUUUCUUUUUUUUUUUAUGGAAUACAGAAUAAAAGAGGAACGGUGA